AUGAUUAAUGAGGAAUUAAAUUUGCAUGGGCGGCUAGAGAAGCUAAUAUCACAUGUACUAAAAAAUAUAGACAAUGAACCAUAUAAAUUUGGAGAUAAUGUGAAUAAAAAUGUAUAUGCGCCAUUUUAUGAGAUAUGUGGGAAAGAAAAUCAUAUAGAAAAGUUAAGUUAUAAUGAGAUUUUAGAAAAGCAUAAAGAUAAAAAAAACAUUCACAAAUAUUUAUUUUAUAUGUUUGAAUAUGUUCACAAUAAGAUAAAUAUAAGUCAUAAUAUAAAAUAUGUAAAUUUUUUAUAUCUUAUUUUGAGAUAUGUUACAUAUUUUUGGAUGUUUUUAUCAAAUAAUGAUAAACUGGCUUUAGUUUUUUAUUAUCAUUUUAAGCUUGCAGAAUUAUUAUUUAAUUUGAAAAUACUUAAAUUUUCAUAUUUUUUAAAUAUAUAUGGUGUACAAAUUUUUUUCAAUAUUAAAGCUAAAUUAAAAAUACAAUUUUUGACAAAGGACAUAAGUGAGGAAGCUGCGAGCUCCUUAAUAAAAGUUGUUAUAUCGAAAUUAAAUAAAACAAUUUUAUUAGAAAAUAACAAUAUUAUUAACAUUUUAAAAAAAAUUGAUUUUAUUAAAUUUAACAGGACAAGUGUAAUUAGCAAUAUAAGUACAGAUAAUAACACCAAUAUAGACAAUAAUAAAGAAAUAAAUAAUAAUGAUGUUUCAAAAAUAAAUAAAAUUGCGCAAGGGGAUGAUUCCUCUAAUAUGCAAACCGAAAGUAGUUUAUAUAAUUAUAUAUGGAUAGGUUAUUUUGACGAAAAUGACAAAAAUAUAUUGAAUGGAAAUCGUUAUAAUACUCAUAAUAUUGAAAAAAAUGGAAAAAUGUCUAAUAAUAAAAAAUCAUAUUCUUUAAUAUUAAAACAUGAUAAUAUAAAAAAUAAAUCUAAUAAUAUAUUAGGGUCUAAUGCUCUUUCAAUUAAUAGUGCCUAUAAUAUAUUUUUAAACUUUGUUCAAUUAUUUUUUAAAAUAACAUUCUACGAUAUUAAUACAUUUUUACCGUGUCUAAAUAUAUUUAAUUUAGAUAAUUUUUUGAUUUAUUUUCAUAUUUACGAAAUACUUUCAUAUCUUGAAACUCUGGAAAAAAAAAACACAACAAAUGAAGUUUUGAAAGGCACACAAAUUGUAUCAGGAAAAUCUGAUAAAGAUAUGGACAAUGCUUACAAUUCUUUGGGUCCCAAGUUAGUUGGGGACGAUAACAUAGAAAAUUUAGUUAAUGAUUGUGUUUUUUUAAAUGUUAAUAAAAAUACUAAAAAAAUAUUAUGGAGUAUUAUGUUUGACGAAUUACGAAAAGUAUUUUGUUCAAAUGUGAAAAAUGUAAAUUAUACAUUAAAAAUUUUUAAGUUGACUUUUAGUUUUUUUUUGUUUGAUGAAAAGCAAACAUUAAAAUAUGCAAACAGUAUUGAACAUUCUGAAGAGUUUUUAAAAAAAAAAGAAUAUAAUUUUACAUUUAUAUCUCAAAUAUAUUUUAAAGAGUUGCUGAAUUUUGCAAUAUCUUUUAUUAACAGUUUAAGAUACUCAAAAUCGAUAGCAUAUGAAAUAGUGUAUAAAGCUAUUUCAUACGUAUUUUAUAUGAUAUCAAAAUUAAUAUGCAACUCAAAUAAUGAUAAAAAAAAAUGCAUUUUGGUUAAUAAUGAAAGUAACUUGAGCCUUAUAUACCUCAUUUCAUGUGUGUAUAAAUAUUUUAAGAAAUUGUAUAUAGAUAAAAAUGAAUUGGAAAAUGGCAGGGAUAACAAUACCAAUAAGGGAGCUACGUAUAAAAGUGGAAACCACGCAAUUAUUAUUAACAAAGAGAGUAUGGAUAAAAAACAUGUGAAUAAAAAAGAAUAUACUAAUAUAGACCAUAAUAACAAAUUAAAAUACUCUUUUGUAUUGCUAGAAAAGGUUUAUCAAAAAAUACAGGAAUGCUUAUAUAUUUCAUUAACAAUAGAUGAAUUUGUUCAAGAACAAACAAAAGAUAUUAUUCCAUCAAUCGAAGAAAAUAUUAGAAAUGGCUCUAAAAAGAAUAUUCCAGGAGAUUACAUAAAUGUAUGUAAUUUAUAUGCUUGCUUCAUUAUAAAAUUAAAUAAGAUAAAUAUGUUUUACUCUAAUUUGGAUAUUAUAAAGAUUUUGAUGGAAAAGGACAAAAAUAUAUAUAGAAAAUAUAUAUAUACUAUAAAUAAAAAUAAUGAGAAUUUUAUCCGAUUUGUUUCCUUUUUACUUAAUAUACAUUAUGAAGAAAAUCAAAAUGAUUUGGUCUUAAAAAAAUAUAUAGCAAAUUUGAAAGGCCCCAAAAAAUAUAAAAGUAAAAAGCUGAUUAAAAUUAUGAAACCUUAUCAUUCCCCAUUAAAAUAUAUCAUUCUGAAGGAUGAAAUGAAUGAAGAUGAAGAGAAAAAGAAAAAACACAAAGAAAAAACAAAAAAUAGAAAAAGAAGUGGCAACGAAGAGGGACACAUAAGUGAGUGUGAGCAGAAUCAACGUAGAUUUAAUAAAUCUAUAAAAUCAGAAAUCACACUUAAAAAUAUGUCUAACAAACAUAAUUAUCGUAGUAGUCUUUUUCAAAAUGAUGAAGACUGUUUGUCUAAAGAAAACCACCCUUUCAAAGAUAAAAUUGAAAGCGAAAAAAAUGAUUUAUUUCGAAAAUGUUCCUAUAAAACAAACAAAGGGGAUGCAUAUAGCGAUUCGAACAAUAGUGAUGAUAAUAAAAAAACAAGUAGUGAACGUAACAGUGAUGAUAGUAUUUCGAAUGAAAACAUAUAUAGUUCAGAAAAUUUUGGUAAUAUGGAAGAAAAUAUAAGGUAUAAACGUGAUAUGCUUCUUCUCGAAAAUUCUCUAUUUAGAAUCGAUAAAAAUAUUUUGAAAAAAAUAAAUAUCGAUUUUCUAAAUGUGUGUCAUAGCAUUAUUUUAUCCGUCAAAAGAUGUAUAAUAAUAUCUGAUAGUAUUUAUGAAUAUUUCAAAAAAUAUGAAGAAUAUGAUCCAAAUUUCAAUAUAUAUAUUUGUAAGAAUAUUUUUUCGAAUUUUUUAAAACUUAACUUUUUAAAUAUAAGUAUCUUUUCAUAUGUUUGUGUUAAAUUGGGAUAUGAUGAUACUUUAAAACAAAUGUGCAAUUCAUCUUUAAUAUUUUUGUCUUAUAGCAUAUUUGAAAAAUAUAUCAAUUUUGUAUUAAAUCAAGAUGUAGAAAAAUUAAAAAAACAUAAAAACAUUUUGCAUUUUAGCACAAACAAGCUAAGAAAAACAGAAAAAAACAGUAUUAUGAAAGGAAAGGCUAUCGAGAACAAAAACACCGAUAACGGUGGUGGUGAGAAAACAGUUAGUUCUUCUACCAGUUCUAUAUAUUCACAUUUAUAUCUUGAAGAUAUAUAUGAAAUAUUAAAAGAUAGGGAUCAUUAUUCAUGUGAGGAUAUGUUUUUAUCAGAUAAAGAUGAAUUUACAGAAACAUUAUAUUUAAAUGCCCUUUUAUUUGUUAUUAAUGUAAUAUCGAUAUGGGAAAUAUAUUUAGAAAUACCAAUAGAAGUAUUAAACAAAAUGAAAUAUACAUUUUUUGAAUUAUUUUAUAAUACUACAAUUAAAAUUAUCCAAUUUAUUAAAAAACGUAAUGGAUACUAUUUUAUAUUAAAUAUAUUAAAAUUCGUUUAUUUCAAAUUUAUAAGUUUACCAUUUAACCCUAUUAAUACUUGCACAUCAAUUAAGUUAUAUGACUUUUAUGAAUUUCUAAUUAACGAAAAUUCUCCUCCUAUACACAAUAUUGACAAUCGUCCAUUUGAUGAUGAAAAAAUAAAUAUAAAUUCUGUUAGUCCAAUGAAAUUUUUGAAAAACGCUUCAAAUAAUGGAAAUAGAGAUGAAUUCACAUCGAAUGUGCAUGAUAAUAAACAAUUCAGCAUAAGGAAAACCACAUGCCCAAACAAUUUAUAUACUGAUAAAAUAAAUAAGAAUAAACACGAUAUUGCAAAUUUUAACAACUUAAGUGCUAGUAACAAAAAAAAGCGAAUAAGUAUGGGAGGACUAAUUCCUGUAUUUUUAAAUAAUGAAGAUUCAGAAACGGAAAAAGAAAAAGAAAAAAAAAAAAAACGGAAAACAAAUAAUGAUUAUUUAUUUUAUAAUAGCAAUCUAGAUAAAGACCCUGAAAAACUUUCAAUAACUCCUUCAAAAAUAAAUGUCUUAUUCAACAAUAAUGAUAAUUUAUUUACUAGCGUUAAUAAAAAUGGCGAACAAAAUUAUUAUGAAAAUAAUAACGAAAUAACACCUAGGCGUAGCAAUUAUAAAAAUGAAAAUGAGCAGUUUAGCUUUAUUGGCGAUAGUGCUAUGCAUGUAACACCACGAAAUGAUUUUUCUAAUUAUGCAAAUGAAUAUAAGGGGAAUCAGGCUUGUAAUAAUAUUAAUAACGAAAAGAACAACGCAGGUAUUUAUAGAAAUACAUACUUGAACAAUUAUUACAUACCUCAUAUUGACCUUCUGUUUAUUAUUUUAGAUAUGAUCAUAUAUUAUUAUUUUGAUAAAAGAAAAUAUAAAAAAAUAAUAUUAAUUGUUAAUAAUUUGUUUAAUAAUAUCAUUAGAAAAUGCGAUUAUAACACAAAAGAAUAUUUAAGGUCGUCUAUUUCAUAUAUUUAUAAUUACUACCAACAAAUGAAUAUAUGCAAUAACAAAAUAAAUCCACAUUGUUGUAUGGUUAUUAAACAUCUUUUAUCUAUUUAUACAAAAUCAAAAAUAUGUCUUUUAAAUAAAAAAAUUAAGAAACACUUAUCUUAUGUAAAAGAAAAAAGUACAGAUGAUGAAUCUAUGAAAUUAAAUUAUAAUGAAUUUUAUAUAAAUUUUAUUAACCAUAAUUAUUGGAAAUAUAUAUUUUAUUUUGAUAGUAUAUCAAAAAUUGACUACCAAUAUUAUAAUAAUGAACAAAGUGGUAAUCAAACAAAUACACACACAGACACAAAAAUGACAAUGAUUAACAAUUUGUUAUCAAUACAUAUAAAUACGUUGCUUUUUGCAAUAUUAUAUGAUAAUUUGUCAAAAUAUGUUACUCAUAAUUUUAUAUUUUUUUUUAAAUUCUUAACAUUUUUUUAUAAUAAAGUAUGUAUAGAUAUCUUGAAUUUAAUCAAAAGUUCACAUAAUUUGGAAUUUUUUAAUAUAUAUAAUUUUGAAAAUUAUAUCACUUAUCAAAAUAAGGACGAGCAUAUAUUAAACAAGUUAAGAACCUACUUAUAUAAAGACAAUGGUGUAAUGAAUAGAAGUAGUAUCGAUGCCUCUUCAUACAAAAUUCAAGAUAUAGAUAAAACAAUAGAGAAAAAUAACAGAAAUAAAAAAAAGGAAAAAAUUCAAAAAGAUAAAAAAAAACAUAUUAUUCUUAUGGAUAUUGACGAAUUGCUCAUUACAUAUGUACACAUAAAUUUCAUAUUUUCGAGAUAUUGCUGCUAUGUUAUGUUUUUUAAAAAUAUAUAUGCUCAAAAAUAUGAAAUUAUAUUUAAGCGUAAUGCUACGAAUGAUUAUUUUAAUAAAUUUAAAAAUAAUAGAGAUUUUUUUGAUUUCUUUGAAUUUAAAGGACACGAAAAAGGAAAUGAUAAAAAAUAUAUUGACGACAAAUAUGAAGAUAGUAAAUAUAAUAAUGAAAUUAAUGAAAAAAUAAAGCAAAUAUCCUCAAUAAAAAUUAAUCAUAAUACCAAAAAUAAUACGAUAGCCUAUUCUUAUAAUACAAUUUUGAACGAGAAUGAAGGUUUAAGCAAUUCUGAUAAUACUAAUGAUUCUAAAUCUACUAGUAUUUCAGUAGAAUAUAAAAACGUUUCAAAAGAGUUAUAUUAUGUGUUUUUAGAGUUUAUUUUAGAAAUUAUAGGAUACAUAGAUAUAUAUGAAAUCUAUAAAAAAAUUCUAAAAAAUUGCUACUAUGUAAUAAAGGCAGAAAUGUUUUAUAAUUAUAUUUACAAUAAUAUUGAAUCUCUAAAAAGAUUUUCUUAUCUUAACAAUGUCUAUCAUUUAUAUAUGUUAUAUUACUACAUUUUUGUCUGGCCCAAUAGUGGCAAAAUUCACAACAAACCCAUUUGCAAAAACUCAGAUGCUACAUAUUCAGUUGAAACAGAUGGAACGUGUAGAAAACAGAACAACAAACGAUAUAGAAUUAAAGAAAAUAAUAAUAUAUUUUAUAUUUUUGAUCUGAAUAAUGUAUUGAGAGAAAAGUUUAGUAAAAAAUAUAUAAAACUUAUGAAUGAAAAUGAUUCUAAUUUAGACUGCAUAACUGAUCGUGAAUGGUCUAGUGAUAACACUUCUCUUAUAGAUGAUAAUAAUGAUGUUGGAAAAUACAAAAAAAAAAUAUUGGAUAAUAAAAAAACAUUGCACAAUUUAAACAAAACUAUAAAUAAAGAUGAAAAUUUGGGUGAUGAAAAGGAUUAUUUUUUAUGUGGCAUAUAUAACUUUAGAUUAAAGUUAUAUCACCCUAAUUACAAUGAAAUGGAAAAAUAUAUUGGAAAUAUUAAAAAAGACGAUAUUUUUAGUACUUUAUUAAUUAUUAAUAAAAAUUAUUUAUUUUCUUUAAAAAAUAUAUAUACAAAGCUAAAUAAAUAUGUUUAUAAUUAUAUUUUAAGUCUUUACUAUAUAACUUUAUAUUUUUAUUUUGAUGACCAUAUUAUAAUUAAAAAAAAACUGUCUAUUUAUUACAUUAUAAAUAUGUUUCAAAAAAAAUAUAAAUUAUUUUAUAGCAAACUUUUUGACAAAGAAAAUAAUCUUCCAUUAUUUAAUCAAACUAUCCGUACUCCAAAUUAUUCAUCUUCUUCAUCUGGUUCAUCAUUUUUCAAUUCAUCAUCAGAUUCCUCUGUCUCAGAAUCGAUUAAUCAACCAUCACACUCUUAUGAUAAUAUUCUUGAUAAUAGAGAGAUAAAACCAAACGGGAAAAAAAUCGAUUCAGAAAUAUUUUUCAAAUUAUUUAAAGUAAAAGAUUUAAAAAAAAAUAUAUAUCUGAUUUUUGAAAUUUUUAACAAUAUAUAUGAUGAAUAUUAUGGGGACAUUUAUAAUAAUUCAAAUAUUGCCAACCAUAUUGUAACAAAAAUAGAUAUAGAAAUAAUUGCAUAUUUUGGAGAAAUAUACCAAAUAAUAUAUAUGUAUAAAAUGUAUAAAUAUUGCAUACAUCUUUUGAUAUUGUGUAUUAUUUUCACAUCGAAAAUUUGGCUGGUUUAUAUAUUUAGCGAAAAAAAUGCGUCCAAUCAAUUUGAUAAGGAUGAAAAUUAUUAUAAAGAAUUUUUUGGAUUAUAUUAUAAUGCUCAAGAUGAGGAAAAAGGGAAAAUAAGCUCAAAUGAAAACAAUAUUAAUACGAACAAAAGAAAGAGCAAAUAUAAUAGAAAUAGUAUAAUAAAUGUAAAUAUAGACAAUAUUAAUACGAAAGAUAAGAAAAUUGAACAUGUAUUAACAAAUAAAAGAACAUAUUUACUAGAUAUUGUAUAUAAAAAAAUUACAGAAAAUAUAAAUGACAAUAAUAUUAAAGAGAUAUAUAAUAAUCUACACAAUUAUAUGCAGCAGUUAAUUAUGUGCACGUCUAUAUUUUAUAUAACAUUUAUUUGCUUUGAAAAUUUAUAUAAAAAUAAAUGGAAUUUAUUUUUUUUAAACUCUGCAAAUAUUCUUUAUCUUUAUUAUGUCGAUUUUAGCGAAUAUGUGAAAAGUUUUUGUAAAAAAUAUUGUGAUGAUCAAGUAUAUGUCUCCAAUUUAUUUAUUGAUAAUUUCCAUUUGGACUUGAUUAAUUUGAAAUUUGAGGCCUAUUCCAAGAGCAGCUCAUAUAAGACAAUGCUAAAACGUAGGACGAACAAAAAGGGGGCAUCAUCAAAAAAUAGUUUAGAAAAAAAAAUACAAAGUUUGGGAUUAAAUUCCAAAUAUACUGAUUCGAUAAAUGGAAAAUAUUCAAAAGAAAGCAAUACUACUAUGAGAUAUAAUAAUAAAGAAAUGACACAGUUGUAUGGUGACAAAUUUAAUGAUCAAAGCAAUGAUUCCAGAUGCGUAUACACAAAAAAUGAACAGGAUAAAAUGAACAAUACUAUGAUUACAUGGUAUCAUGAGAAUGAAACAGAGAAUAAGUAUAAAAAUAGUAAAUUGGAUAAGAAAAAUACAAACUGUGAAGAUGAUAAUAUAUAUUCAAAAUAUUUGUUUUUGGAUUACUACGAUAAAAAUGGGAUAAAAGGUUGUAUAAAAAGCUUAAAAAUAAUAGAGCAAAAAUAUAAAGACAAUUUAAUGGAAUUUGUCCAAAAUAAUAUUUGUUUAUAUUGUAAUGUUAUAAACUAUUUAUACAAAAAAAAAAAAAAAUAUUUAAGUCUUCCUAUAUAUAGUAAUUCUCAUAUAAUUUCAAUUAUAUCAAUGAUGAAAUUUUCAAUGGUAAAUUAUUUUACCAUAUUUAAUAUAUCUUGCACUUUUAUGUCUCUUACCUUUGAGCGCCCAGUAUAUGAAUUUGAUGGCGAAAGUAUUGAUAAGUUUAAAGAUGUAAAAAAAAAUGAUUCAAAAAAAAAAAACAAUAAUAAUAGUUGUAAUAUCCUAAAGUCGAUGAAAAAGCUUUAUUGUAACAUGUUUUUAAACAAAGACAUUUUUAGUAAAAUAAAAUUCGUAAACACUUACUAUAAAAAAAUAUCAAAAAUUUUGUAUAAAAUAAACAACUUUUUUCUUAGUUAUGACUAUUUAAAAAAGGGAGUACUAUUUGUUUGUAGUUUAAUUUACUAUCCUGAAAUUAUUCAUAAUUAUUGUUUAUUAUCGAAUAUUAUCUUAGCUAGUGGUAAAGAAAGGAUUGAGUUGUUAACACAAGAAGAAAUGUUUUUCGAAAAUUUAAAUAACGAUCUAACUAUAUAUGGAAAAAAUAAUAAUAUUAAUCAGGACAUAGAAUCUGGAUGUGAUGAAAAUGAAAGGGAAAUAACAAAUAUAAAGGAUUUAAAAACUUAUGAAGAUCAAGAUUUUUAUAAUAUUAAUUAUAAUAAAACUCCUAUAAAUACAUAUUUAACUAAAAAAAAUGUAUAUGAAUAUAAAAAUUUAUUAACUAGGUUUCUCGACUAUUUAAAAUUUUUAUUAAAAAAUCCUGAUCAUAUGAAUAUUUUCUCCAUAAAAUAUAAGCGAGAAAUUUUACAUAUUUAUUCUUUAUUUGUAUUUAAAAAAAGACAAACAAAUCAUUACCUAGGUAGUACUAAAAAGCUGAGCAACACUAGAAAAAAUGAUUAUGUUUCCGAAAAAUUUGUUGAUAAUUUUAAUAUAAUCGAUAAAGAUGAAAAUAAUAAUAAAAAACUCGGAAAAAGGACAACUGUAUAUUAUGAAAAAACAAAGGAAGAGCAAGAUAAACAAAUAGGAAACACAGAAAAUUUAAAUACCACAUGCACUGAUAAUAAUUACAAUGUGAAAGGAAAUAGCUUUGAUGAAAAUAUAUUAAAAUGCUUUAACAAUUGUAAAGACAAAAAGAAGGAAAAACGAAUAUUUUUUAAUUUUUUUUGGGAAAAUUUAUUCCUUAUGAAUAACAACGACACUGAUUUAUUUAACACUCUAAUUGACAACGAGGAUAAAAUAGCACACGCUGUAAGCACGUACGCAGUUAAAGAUAUAAGAAAACUUAAAAUCAAGAAUAUUGAGAAGGAUUGCGUAUACUUUAACAACCACUUUGUUAAAAAUGGGCCCCAAAGGAUAAUUACCAAUAAUAAAAGUCAUAAUGAUAAAAUGAAAAAAGUAGACAAUGUUAAACCAAGAAAAUAUGAGGGAAAAAAUAAAAAGGAUGAGGAUAAUUGGCAUUACUUCAGUGACUUUAUAGCAUCAAAGAAAUCAUUUAAAUUAAACGAUAUGUCAGUUUUAAAUUAUUUGUAUUUAAAUUAUGAAUUUGAUAAAAAUAUAACAUAUUUAAAUAAUUAUAUAAAUAAUAGAUUGUUUACUUAUAAAUGUAAAAGAAUGAAUUCCUAUUUUAUCAAAAUAUUAUUAUAUUAUAUAAAUUUAAUAUUUUUAAAAAUAAAAAAUAUAUUUUGUGAUGACUGUAUAUAUACAAUAAAAAAACAGCAGUCCCUUAAUUCAUCGGCUAAUAAUUGCUCUUAUAAUGUUUUUUUUUUCUUGUUCUUAAAUAUUAUUAAUAGAUUUAAUAUAUCAAAAGAAAAAUUAAAUUCAAUAUUUAAUAAUUACUUUCCAGGAAAUACACACUGUGGCAUGUAUGCUAAUAUAUUACAAAAAAUAGAAAAUGAACGUUCAGAAUAUAUUACUUCAAAAUAUGGGGACACUACUAAAGACGAAGAUAUAUAUUUAGAUAGAAACAUUUUAAAUAAUAAAAUAAAUAUUGAAAAAAAUGAUAAACAAAAAUAUACAAAAUCAAAUGAAAACGAUAAAUACCACAAUAAUUAUAACAAAGAAAUGUUUCUUAAAUUGGUAGAUAUAUUUUUAUAUCCAGAAAAACGUUGCAGCUACUUCGAGAUACUAACAAUUUGCUAUCAGUUCUUAAUUAAUAUGAAAGAUCCAAAAAAUAAAGUUCAUAGAAAAAAAUUUAAAGGUAAAAUGUACCAUCUGUUGAAAAUUAUUAUUGAGAACAAAGGAAAAAUAAAACAAACUUUUCUUUGCAAAAAUAUGGAAAAGGAAAAUAAUAACUUUGAAAAUAGUGGUUUUGAUCAUAAAAUCAUAAAUGAAAUAGACAAUGCAAAUGAAAACCCAAUUUUUCACAUACAAACAGCUUUGAUAUAUUUAUCUCUAGCAUUGUAUAACACAUAUAAAAAAUCUUUUACGCAUGAAAUGCGAAAAGUUGCUCAGUUUUUUUUAGAUUUUGUUUUUUUCUUUAUAGAGAACAUAAAAAAUAGUUUAAUCAUACUGCAAAUAAUUGAAUCAUAUUCCAAGGAUUAUAUUUAUACCGAAGAUAGUAAAAAUAACAAUGAUGGUGAUGUGAAAAAAACAAAACAAAGCAAUAUUAAUGUUUUUGAUAAUGAUUGUUAUAAUAGUGAUACUAAAAUGAUUAUAUUUAUGGUAAAAUUUUAUUUUAGGAAAUUAUUAUCUUUACUUUAUUUAUAUACAGACGAAUUAAUAUCAUAUACUAUUAAACAUAAUAUUGAUCAUGAAAUAUCCGCAAAAGAAUACUCUAGAAAAACACAUCCGUUUUAUCUAUCUAUUGAUUAUAUAUGUAAUUAUGAUGAUUCUAUAUAUUCAAAAGAAUUAAGCGAGUGUUGUAUUUAUUGGGACUAUGCAAUUAUAACAAUGAGUCAUGAUAAAUGUGAUUUAUAUAUUGCAAGGUAUCUUAAAAGUUUUUUAUUACUACUAUCCCAUUUUGUUAAAAAAUCUGCAGAAUGUGAAAAUAUUUUAUUGGAUCAUAAAUAUACUAAUAUUAAUAAUUUGCCAACUACUUCUAUAAAUGGUGAAUAUAAUGCGGAUGCUCUAAAUACUAAAGACAGUAUAUACUAUUUUAAUAAUGCAAUUUAUAAUUUAUUCAAUACAUAUAAUAAUAUCGAAUCUUUUGAAAAUAAUAUUUGGAUUGAUAAAAAUGUCAUACUUGAAGAUAGAGAUACAAUUAUUUCAUUAGUUGGCACAUUUCAUUGGUAUUUAAGACAAAGCAAAAGGAAUAGAGAGCUGCGAGAAAAAAAGGAAAUAAUACAGGUAUCUACAAAUUCUGAUAAAAUACCUUCAAUUCUAUGUGGCAAAGUAAAUGUAGAAAAUGAGAAUUUUCGUAAAAAUGGUGACAAUGACAGCGAAAAAAAAAGAGUAAAAACAAAGAAAAAUAAAAUAAAAAAUAGCAACAUUAGUAAUGAUAAUAGUGAUUGCGAUAAUGAUACAUACAUGGAAAAAAACAAAUACAAAAAUAAUAGAAAUAUAUUUUUUAAUUUUGAUCCGUUUUAUUCUAUGCCAAACGAAUAUAAUACAGAUUCUUAUUCAAAUGAUAAAUACAAAGGAAAUUUUCAUAAUAAAACUAACAUUGAUCAUAAUAGCUGUGAUAAGAAAAAUAAGGUUAUAAAAGAGAACCCAAAAAUAAUAAAUAAAUUGUUUCAAUUUUAUUACACCUUUAACGACGCUAGUAAAUGCAUUAAUAUAAAAAAAAAUGAAUAUGUGCAUAUAGAUAAAAUCCAUUUAAAUAUAGAAAAAUACACAUUUGACGAAAAAUGGAAUUAUAUAAAAAAAUUAGAAAAACUUUUAAAACAAUAUCAGCAUAUGAUAAAAAUUUUAUGUGAAAUUUUAUAUGUAACUAAAAAUAUUAAUAAAGAUAUAAUAAAUUUAAAAAUGUUUAUAGAUUUAUGGUGGAAUAAUAGAUAUACAUUAGAACAUCAUUUAAAAUUGCUAAAUUUAGAUAUAUCAAAUACCUUAGGAUUUUCUAUACAUAAAUUAAUGUCUACUCCUUUAAUUUCUAUCAACAUAAAAAGAAAUAUUACAUUGCAACAAAAUUAUAAUUUUAAUAGUGAUAUUAAUACUAACCAGCUAAUUGAAACUAACGAAGGAUCUAAUAUUAAAUUACAUAAUGAUGAAUCAUAUAAUAAUAUAUCGCUAGUUAAUAAUCAAAAAUAUUAUUUGAAGACAAAUUUUGACAUAUUUGUAAUUCUUUAUUAUUAUGCUCAUAUUUUGAAUAUUAUUUCUUGGAUUAAUAAAUGGUAUUUCUUUUUUCUUCCUUUUAAAUAUUGGGAUAAUGUAAAUAUUAUAAACGUUAUAAUAAAUCUGACAAUUUUUUCGAUCAUUAUGAAAAACUCAAAUAUCCAUAUUUCAAAGGUAAAGAAAAAAUAUAUAACAGGAAAUACUCGAAUUAAGAUGUCGAAAAUUUCAAGUAAUAUUAAAGGGGAAAGUUCUAAUGGGGACGAGAAAUUUAGUAAAGAAAAAAGACCAGAAAAAAACAUGCGACAUUCUAUGUUGGAUAAGGCAAAAAGUGCUGAUGAAAAUAGUGACGACAAUAAUAAUAUUACAAUUGAUGUAGACAUAACACAAAUCGAAAAUAAAGCUAUAACAUCAUAUUUGCCAUUUACAAAUAAAGACAUUGAAACUGUCUUAUCAAAUGAUCAAAAAAAACAACGAAGAAAAACUUCUAAUUAUAUUAAAAAUCAUGAAUAUCACAAUAAAAAAAAAGGAGGGGAGCAUAUACUUAUGCAAAAUUUAAAAAAUUAUCUUCCUCCGGGUGAGUAUGACCCAAUUAAAAGCGAAUUUAUUCAAAAUAUGAUAGAACAAUCGGACAUAUUUAAGAAAUAUAAUGACUUUAAGCAAUUUAUCAAUACAUCAGAAGAUGAAAAAAGCGAUAAAACGAACACAAAUUUACGCCUUUUUAAUAAAGAUGGUAAAAUUGGGCGAAGGAAAACGACAAAUAUAAAUAAUACGGAUAAUGAUGAAGUAAAAAAUCAAUUUCUAAAUAUUUAUUCUAUUAUAGAUGAAGAACAAAAAAAAUUACAAAAAAUGUCAUCAAAAAUUUAUGAACAGUUAAAAAAAAAUGGAAAUAGUAAUUUUGGCAUAGUAACGAAUAAAAAAGAAAAUGGUAAAUUGCUAAAAACAUUAAAAAGAAUGACGAUAUGUGGAAAUGGAAAUUUGAAUCAUAAUGAGAGUGAUAAAGAUGUUUUAGGAGGUGUAAAAGAUAAUACUUUUUAUUUGAAUUAUUUAGAUCUACAAAAAAAAUGUGAAAAAGGUUUAAUACAUUGCUCUUUUUUAAAAUUGAGAAUGUAUUUAUAUAAUAUAUUAAAUGUUGUAUUUGAAACUAAUAAUGCAAAUCCAAAUGAUAUUUUUAAUAUUUUUAAUAAAAUUACUCAUUCGUUUAUUGUUGAUGUUAUAAAAUGUGAUAUGCACAAGGAUAAAAAUGAUAGUGAAAAAUUUAUAUAUUCAAAAACCGUCGACCAAAAAAUGAUAAGAAAAAACCCAAUUAUUAUAUAUUUACAUAAUAACUUAAAUAGAAUUCCUUUUGAGAAUUUACAGCCUUUAAAAGAUUCUUAUAUUGUUCGUGGAGUGCAAAAAAACGUAACUUCUUAUUUAUACGAUCGUCUAUUAAGACAAAUUAAUAAGAGUGAAAUUGAAAAAAAGGAAAAAGAUAAUUAUAGUAUUUCUCAUUUGAAAAUAAUUACUGAGGGAUAUACAAAUUGUGACAACAAUAAAAAUGUUGAAAGUAGCGCUAGUUCCAAUAAAAACAUAUAUGGUAAUAACCAAUUUGGUAAGGAUUACACGGCAAGAAAUCACCCACCAAAACGUGAAACUGUUAAUACGUACAAAAAUGAACAAGCGAGAAAAUCGAUUUACAAUGCCUCAAAACAUAUAUCAGACAUAAAUGGAAAAUCAAAAGAAACAAAUAAUAUUAACCAUAAAUAUGAUAAAUUAAAAGAUAAUCUAAAAAAUGAAGAAAAUAUUUUCAAUGAACAAUUUAUGAAAAAGACACGUCAUUUUUUGUUUAAUUAUGACACCCCAAAUAAGCAAUAUGGCAAAACAGACAUCGAAAAAAACUUCAAUGAACAUUUUGACGACAUAAAAAUACCAUAUACCAAUAAAGAUUAUAUUAAUAGUGAGCAUGAUCAAACAAAAAGCGAUGAAAAGCAUAUAAAAAUAACAAAAACUUUUCAGGAUAACAAAAAUAAAUACAAUUUUAUUGUUACAAAUUAUGAAAAGGGAGAAGGCCAACAAAAUGGAAAUAAAAAUGAGGAUAACAUAAAAAAAAAUAAAAUUAAAAAUGAAAAUAUUAGUUACUUUAAUAGUAAAAAAUACAUAACGAAAAAUGAAAGGGAUACACUUGAAAAAAAAAAAAAGGAAAAAGGAAAAAGAUCUAGAAAAAGUAUUUCUAUUGAAUACUCAUUUUUAAACCCUUUUAAUGAUACAAAUAAUCCCAAUGUAUUACAAAUAGCAAAAAAAAAAAAUGAAAUGCCAACCUCAGCGGACAAUGAAUUAUCUAAUAAUUCGCUUAUACUUAAUGAUAGACAAAAAUUAAGCCGAAGUUCUCUUAAAUAUAUUGAUGAUACCAAUAAUAAUAAAAAAAAAGGAGAUGAUUAUAAAACAAAAAAUCUAGAACAAUCUAUUUUACGUUCUGAAUAUUCUUCCUCUUCUAAAUCAUCAAUAGAAUUAGUUCAAAAUGAAAACGAACUUCAAAAAAUAUUUAUGAAUGUAAGAAAAUCAAUGAAUUUCCACAAUGUUAUGAGUUCAUUUAAACAAAAAACCGAUGAAUAUAAUUUUUUAAUUUCACAAAAAAAAAGAAAAAGUGUAAGCGAGUCAGAAGCAUACUAUGAUAAGGAUAAUUUUUGGGGGAAGGUUUUAAAUAAAUCAACGAAUAAAACAAAAAAAAAUAAGAGAAGAAGCUAUUCAUCAGAAAGAGAAAUAGUUCCCAAAAUAGAAAAAACACCAUAUAUUAAAUAUGUUCCAUAUUAUAUUAAAAGCGAUCGAUUUAUAGAUCCUAAAAGAAGUAAUAUAUUUUAUGUAAUUGACCCUAAUGGCGAUUUAAAACGAACUCAAAAUGCUACAUAUCCAUUUAUAUAUUUUAGAAACCAAAAAAAAUCCAAACAUAAAAAUUGGAAUGGCUAUUCUGGAACUUUUCCUUCUGAAAAAAUUAUAUUAAAAAAUUUAUGCACAAAUGAUUUGUAUAUAUAUUGUGGACAUCAGGGUGGGGAACAAUAUAUUAGUAAAAAUGAUAUACAGGCUUCCAUUCAAAUAAAUGACAAAGAAUAUAUUGAAGAUGAAAAAAAAAGACAAGGGAAAAGUAGAAAGAGCAAAAUCCACAAAAUUAGCAAAGACAAUGAAAAUAACGAAAAUACCUUGACCCGUUAUGAAAAGGAAAAAAUAUAUAUAGAACAAAAAAUGAAUAAUUUAAUGACAGACAGUACUGACAAAAAAAGACGAAGAAAUUCCUGCAAAGUAAGCUUAAAACCGCCUACUUCGAAAACCGGAACAAUGAAAAGAAAAACUGUUGCUAAUUUUAACGAAAUAUACGGUGUUACUGAUUUGAAAAAAGUAAGCACCCAAAAUAUACAAGACUCUGAUUUAAAUAAAAAUGGUGAAAUAUAUAUAGAAGAUGAACAUGACGAUAAAAAUAUUAUUCAAAGAACAGAGAAUGGAAUAAAAUGUUGUGUAUUUUUAAUCGGAUGCAGUUCUGGUUUAGUUUCGUCCCAUGGGUGCGAUUUGGAUGCUUGGGGUACCCCAUAUGAUUAUGUUAUAGGGGGGUGUAUUUUUAUUUUUGGAAAUUUAUGGAAUAUAACAGAUGGAGAAGUUGAUGGAUUUACUCAAAACUUUUUUUGGAAAUGGACUCAACCAAAUAGUUCAUCCUUAUUUUAUCCAAACUGUGAUUAUAAUAAACUUAAAAUGACAAAUGCACGUGAAAUAUCUUUUAAUACUUUUACAAAAAUUCUAAAGAAAAUCAUAAAAACAAAUGAUGAACAAAUAAUUGACCAAGAAUAUAAUGAUAAUUCAUCCAUAAUGGUUGAUGACAAUUUUAUUACUAUGGAUUUGGACAUAUAUAGUUAUAUUAAGAAAAAUGAUUUUUUUUAUAAAUAUUUUCAAAAAUUUUAUUCAUGCCCUAUUAUAUUAAACCAAAAUUUAUUAAGCAUAAAUCAAAAUAGAAAAUAUACUUGGUUAAGUAUCACAGAAGCUUUAGUUGAAGCUAAACAAUACUGUCGUCUACCGAACACAACUGGCUCUGCUGUGGUCAUAUAUGGCAUACCGCUUUGA